AUGACAUUCAAAAGUCUAUGUCUUAAACAUAUCAAACUAUAUAUUUACUCAGUCCUUAUACUCAAGAUCUCAGUAACAGCAACAAUAUCAGAAAAAAGUACAAGUUUCAAAUGCAACGUAUCAGACUACCCAUUCUUAGUCCUACUCAAAUCCAACAACCCAACAUCUUUUUGUGGAGGAGCACUGAUAAAGAACGACACAGUUGUAACAGCCCCAUACUGUACCUCCAACUUCAUACAUUCACCAGAAAAAUUGGAAGUGCUAUUCAACGUGUCCAAGGACUUCCCAAAUGGAACCGAAAGAAGUAGAGCAGAAAAAAUUUUUUUGUAUCCCAAAACCGACAAACUCCCAGUCGAUAAUAUCGCAGUUAUCGGUUUGGAAAGACCAAUUGCUGGUGGUAAACCAAUUAAACUACCGCAGACCGAUUCUGGGAACGGCAGCGAAAUUUGCGACAGGGUCUUAACAAUGGCUUAUACCUACGAAACAAAUAUGGAGAGCUGUGUGCUCGAUCCACAGCUUUACUGCCUGAAUUUACCGAUCGUUAACGAAGACGAAUGCCGACAGAUGAACAGGAAAAACACAGAUGCAUUUUCAUGUAGAUUUCCCGGGGCCAACGGGUCCGGGAAAUCCUGGAAGGAUUAUCCAGGAUAUCCGGUUUUUUGCGGGGAUACUUUUUACGGUGUUGUCGCCAAAGCGGACAAUUUCAGUUUGUCAGAUUUUGCGAAUUAUCCCAUCAGGGUUGACUUCGUUAUUGACUUUUUGCAUCAGAGAACUAUGAGGAGGAGAGUGAAUAAGUUUGUACAGAGGAAAACUAAUGGGUCUUGCAGUUUUUUUGGAAGCAUCGCGGUGUGUUUGUUUCUGAUUUGUUUUUCUUUGAGAUGA